AGAAGAAAAAAAACAAAUUCCAUAAAUAUAUAUAUCUUUCGUCGACUCUGCUUUUACACAUCUCUCACACGGUAAAGUUACAAUAAUCUCAGCUUGAAUCACACUGACGAAGGCAUCUUCCUGCGAUUAUGGCGUCGCCGGCAGGUGAAACAGCAGCGGUUGUUGAGGGCGGAGAUGGGCAGCAGCAACGACAAGCUGGUGGGUUUGGGCAGACAAUUACCGGAAUCAUAAGAAUCGCCGUCUUCUGUUACUUUGCUUCUAAGUUCUUUUCUCCCAAACAAAAACCUGCGGAUCCUUCCAAGCCUACUCAUCUCAUGUCCAAUCUAUUUCAGAGGGGCGAGCCCAUAGUAAUCUUCUGGUUAAUUGUGUUGAUUACUUGCUUAUUCGUUAAUAUAUGCAAUUUCAUUCGUUUCUCUCUUCUUCCAAAACAAAAAAAAAAACGUUUCUUUUUGGUUCGAAACUUCGAAUCAGAGUUUUUCAACUUCUGGGUGGUUUAGGGUUUUUCCGUUUUGUGUUUUUGUUUGUCAGGAUAUGUGGUUUUAUCUUUCGGAGCAUGAGAAAUUCAAUGACUUCGGCAAUGAAGGUGCGCUUAUUUGGCAUGAGACAAACAUACCUUAUGCUGUGUGGAAACCAGAGAGCACUAGGACCUUGUCAAUGACGUACUAUCCUUCCGAGGCACUGAAGAAUAAUGGAAGUCUGUAUGCUCAUGUCUUCUUUGCUCUAUCUGGUUAUCCUAUAGAUCUUAGUGAUCCUGAAUACCAGCCUCUCAACUGCUUUGGCAGGACUCACCCUGUUGCAACUUACUUACCAAAGCGAAAAGCAGAUAAGAAGAAGAGUCUGUUGGGAAAUCCCAAAGACUCUGAUGAAUCCCAUGUGGAAGUUGAGGAGGUUGAUGGUAAGGACUCGGAUCUCAAGGAUGAGGGCCCUGUGGAAUGGGUAUCCUACUGGAAACCAAAUGUCACAAUUAACCUAGUCGAUGACUUUACUCGCUAUCCACAGCAUGGUGUACCACCAAACAUUUAUCCUUACUUACUGGUGGAACCUAGUACAAUAAACUACUACCCUACAGUUUUCUUCAAUGAGUUUUGGUUGCUAAGGGACAAGUUGAUUUUAAUCAAUGAGACGGUCUCAGAGCUGCCACUUAAUCUGGAAGUAAGCCCCAUAAGCAUGACAAAGUGGCAGCUGUUUCAGCAGAUUGAUCAGUCUUUCCAGAUUCACCGUAGCUAUGGAAGCAUGCUUGAUGGUGAAUCUGACGAACUAAAGAGGGUGUUUUUGGAAGGAAAUCCCUAUCUGUUGGGCGUCACUAUGUUUGUUUCGAUGCUUCAUUCUGUAUUCGACUUCCUUGCAUUCAAAAAUGAUAUCCAGUUUUGGAACAAGAACAAAUCUAUGGAAGGACUGUCUGCGAAGUCUGUCGUACUAAACUUUAUCUGUCAGUUUAUCAUCUUCCUCUACCUGCUUGACAACGACACUUCAUGGAUGAUACUGGCUAGCUCUGGAGUUGGUGUCUGCAUCGAGUUCUGGAAAAUUGGGAAAGCCAUGCGCAUUGAGGUUGAUCGAAGUGGGAUGAUUCCAAGAUUGAGGUUCCACGACCGUGAAUCCUAUGCAAGCAACAAGACCAAGGAGUAUGACGACAUUGCCAUCAAAUUCUUAUCCUAUGUGCUCCUCCUUCUUGUUGUGGGUUUCUCCAUAUAUUCACUUGCCUAUGAACGCCACAAGAGCUGGUACUCAUGGAUCCUAUCUUCACUAACGAGCUGCGUCUACAUGUUUGGUUUCAUAAUGAUGUGUCCUCAAUUGUUCAUCAACUAUAAGCUGAAGUCAGUAGCACAUUUACCAUGGAGGCAAAUGACAUAUAAGUUCCUCAACACAAUCAUCGACGAUCUCUUUGCUUUUGUCAUCAAAAUGCCAAUGUUGCAUCGCCUUUCUGUCUUCCGAGAUGAUGUGAUAUUCUUAAUAUACUUGUACCAGAGAUGGGUUUAUCCUGUGGACAAAACACGUGUCAACGAGUUUGGUUUUGGAGGUGAGGAUGAGUCUGUGGAUACAAAGAAGAUCUCUGACCAAGAAGAUGACAAGAAAACAAACUAAUUAGCUUUGUGCUUUUGUUUUUCCCUAACAAUUUUGAGUUUUUUUGGGUCUGCUUUAGUAAGUUUUGUUAAUGCUACUUAUAUCCAAAAGUAAUUUCGUUUUAGGGUAAUAUAAAAAAAAAAGUGUUAAAGAAUAUCACUUAGUUAUAAUUUUGUUUUGUUUAUAUGUAACUUUAGUUCUCAAUGUUUUUCUAGACACUCUUCUUCAUCUGGUACCAGAUAUAGAGACAGAUGAUUUGCUAGAUAAAGAUUUUGUAGAUCGGCAAAUGUCAUAAUUGAGUAAUUUGUUGUUUUGGAUA